GCUGGUUUGUUUAAAACAAUAACUCUCAGCAUGGGGUGUCAAACGAGGAUUAAAGGGAAGGAAACAUGCUGUCUCGCGGCUGGUCCUUCACCACCCCCCGCAGCAUCACAGGCAUGAGAGACUCAUGUAUCAUCAUUCCUUGCACAUUCACCUACAGUAAUUCCCAGCCUGCUGACCUCCGAGUUAUAUGGUACUUGUUCCAGAGCAAUGGGUACUCACCUGUAUUUGAUGAGCAACAGAAUAUUAUGAGUAAGUUUAACGGGAUAACCAGCUUGAUUGGAGCUGUGGGGGAGAAGAAUUGUAGUCUUAAGAUCGAGAGGCUGGAGAUGUAACAUAACCAGGACAGACUUUACCCAUGGGUGGACAAGCACCCUAUCACCUCCUACCAAAGCCUGGGUCCCACAUUUUAUGAAAAAACCUCUCAACUUAUUGUUUCAGACCAAGCACAGGAACCACAGGUGAGCAUCAUAGGUAUCCCCAGGGUGGGAGAGGAGAGCACAGUGUCCUGCAAUGUGCGCCAUACAUGUAUCUCUGCUCCCCCCACCCUGACCAUAAGUGGUAUACCUGGAGAAGAUCUCAUUACGGACACUUUGGUAACUGAUGGGAUUUGGGAAAGGACAGUAGAGAGAACCUGGGCUGUAAAAGAAGAGGACCAGAGUGUGAAGUGUACUGUUAGCUACACUGGGGGUCAAAGAGAAACAAGUGAGCUCAAGCUGAAUGUUGAAUGUCCAUAUAACAGCAUCAGAAUGACUGAGCGGCCUGGCGACGCAACAGAGGGUGUGGCAAAGAGUGUCAUUUGUUCUGUUUCCUACAAAUGUAAGAAAAAUAAACCAACCAUUGUGUGGAACUACGAAGACAUGCAGAGUUCGUUAAAAACCAAAGAGAACUCCAGCAAUACCUUUAUCACAGUGUCAAAUCUAACCUUUAUUGGCUCUCUUGAGGAUGACGGUAAAUCUUUGACCUGCAUUGCUCAGUUUGUUACUGGCGAGACCUCAGACUCUGAAACCCUUCAUAUAAAAAAAUAUGUGAGAGAUCCAUAUGAAAAUGACACGUUCCAUGAUCAGGCUGCUGACGUCCCUUUCAGAUUCAGCGCCCUGACCGGCUCCUGUGUGGUGAUUCCCUGCAGCAUCCCGUACAAGGAAGAUGAGCCUUUCACGCGUGGCAUCUGGUCCAAAAGAAAUAAUGAUGUCAUCUACCAUAAUGGCCAGAGCUUUGUGGUUGACCAUUUCAAGGGCCGCACCAGACUAUUAGGAGAGCUGAAUGAGGGAAACUGCUCAUUAGAGAUUGAUGACAUCAAACCCUUUGACAAUGGGCCCUUCUGUUUCCAUGCAGAGAGAGCUAACAUGGAAAGAUACAGAUUCAACAAUAGCUGCGUAUUUAUUGUUAUGAAAGCGUCCCCAGAAAAACCAGUGAUGACCUCAGUUCCAGCAGAAGUUGAUGCUGGCUCAACGAUUACUGUCUCGUGUUCUGUGACGCACACAUGUCCGUCACAUCCUCCAGUGUUCUCAUGGAGUGUCCCUCACCUCACCAGCGAGGUCACGCACACCUGGACGCCGCAGGGCAUCUGGGAGACGACCUCCACCAUCACGUUCACGGCUGCUGGAGGAGACGGGGUCAAAAACCUAACCUGUACUGCUGUCUCCUGGCUCGGCAAACAACGAGCCAGCACAGUCCAGAUGACUGUAAAGGGAUCAAGCUCUCGGUCAGUAGCCAUUGCAGUGUCAACUCUAGUCCUGGUUGUAAUCAUCCUAGCUGCAGUGUUUGGAGUGGUCUUCUAUAGGAGGAGGAAGCGCUCUGACGACCAGCUUAGACCACCACCUCGUCCAGAGAAGAGGAGAUCACUGUGGGAUAGAUUAUCCAGGAGAAAGCCUGAAGACAGGGAGAGACCUCCAAGACCAGAAAAACGGGGGUCCAUUUGGAAUCGAUUCUCCCGAAAUCAAGGCAAUGCUGCAAACAUCAGUGUUGGCUAUUCACGCAACACCACCACUGUAAACUGUGACACUCAAAUCUCCAAACAACGCUUUCCAUCCCCAAAGGAUCACCGGAGAGCUCCUCGCUCCGUCAGGCCUGAGUUUUUAGGUCAUGGGCCAGAGGGUGGAGGAUACUUGCCUCACCAGAAACAAAACUUACAACAACAACAGUGAUUACAAUGUGUAUGGCAACUGUUGAGUUCUUCAAGACACUUCUCGGAAACAUCACAUUCUUAGGGACAAUAUUGCUGUUAUUCUUUUACCUUUAUACUGCGCAGUACAUGUUUGCAUGUGAAGGGAAGUGAUGUUGGUCAUUUAACAUUGAUUCAUUUAAAGAAUGUAUUAUCUGCUGUCAAUGAACUUAUAAACACAAUAAAUGAAUAUGCUUAUCUCUCA